AUGUCUUCAAAUUUGUUGGAAGGUACAAUCACUGAAUGGAACCUCUCAAACUUUGCCAACUUACAAUCCCUAGAUUUAUCCUUAAACUCCUUGGCUUUCAACUCUAGCUCAGAUUGGAUUCCUUAUUUUCAAUUGGAAGAAAUAUUGCUCUGCCAUUGUUAUUUGGGGCCUCAUUUUCUAAAAUGGAUUCAAACUCAGAGUACUCUUAAAAUGCUUGACCUCUCUUUUGCUGGUAUAUCAGAUGCAUUACCUAAUUGGUUGUGGAAUAUGUCUUCUUUAGUACUAUUAGAUCUUUCUUAUAACAAUAUUAGUGGUAAAAUUUCUAAUUUGUUCUCAAAUUUGGAUCAGCUUGAAAUAUUACACUUGCGCAACAAAAAUUUCAUUGGUGAAUUGCCUUCAACUUUGAGGAAUUGCACGAGACUGAGAACGUUUGAUGUGGGAGGAAACAAGUUAACCGGUAAUAUUCCUGCAUGGAUAGGAACACAUUUAACAAGUUUGACAAUUCUUAGUCUUCGAAGUAACGAAUUUGACGGAAUCAUGCCUUCAACAAUUUGCCGCCUUGCCAAUACCCAUGUCUUGGACCUCUCCAGAAAUAAUAUUUCAGGAAGAAUAUCACGGUGUUUAAAUAAUAUUACUGCUUUGGUUCAGAAGAACAGUUCAAUUGAAUACAAUGGACUUCUGAAAGGCAUUGAUCUAUCUGGAAAUAAGUUAUUUGGACCUAUUCCUCAAGAGUUUUCUGCUUUAAGGGGUUUAGUUCUGUUGAACUUAUCUAGAAAUCAUUUGAUUGGAAAUAUCAUUUCAAACAUUGGUCAAAUGGAGAUGUUAGAAUGUCUUGACUUGUCUCGGAACCAACUUUCAGGGAAGAUACCGAACAGCCUUGCACAUCUAAAUUUUCUCAGUGUUUUGGAUUUAUCAUACAAUAAUUUGACGGGAAAGAUUCCUUUGGGCACUCAACUUCAAAGCUUCAACUCCUCUGCGUAUGCUGGGAAUAUCCAACUCUGUGGAAAGCCUCUGACGGAGUGUCCUGGUGAUAUUUCUAAUAAUUCUGUGACUGAUCACGAAAAGGAAUAUUUUUGA